UUAAAGAGCCGACGGGUCCCGGGACAAGAGCACCUUUAUACGUCUCCAUUCGCGAUGGCUGCGUCGCAGGUGGAAAUCGAGUCACUUUACGUUUCCAUCGGUAUUUUGGGAAUAUCUGGAGGUUCCUUGCUGCUUUUGGUGAAUGACUAUGCGGACGCCGCCCAAACGAACUCGGUUCCCAGCACCGCACUGGGAGUGCUUCUUCUCGUUAUCGCCGCUUUGCUGGCAUACACAGGAGUACUGCGCAGUCUCUCCCGGACGCCUCUGUAUGUCUGUCUAUCUCUGACAAUAUCUGCCUUCUGGUGGGGUUUAGGCAUAGUAAACAUCCUGGUUGGGGAGGGACUGACAGACAGCAGGACCUCCAUGGUGCCAGGACUGGCUGCUUUCACACUGGCACUGCUGGUCAUAGGUGUGGUGGGGGUUCUCCAGAAGGAGGUGGUCCUCUCUGUCUGCGCCUUCGCCAUCAGCUUGGCCUCCGCUCACCAGAUUGCCGGUCUGUGCAACAUUGCUUUUGGCCAGGGCGCCACCGCGGCCAACUACCUGCUCGUCACCUUCUUGGGGGCCUAUUUUGGGAGCGGUCGGCUGCUCUCCUACAUCACAAGUGGUGAGGUGCAGCUACCUGGGACAGCAGUGGAGAAGAGGAAGAGGGAGGCGGGAGCAGCGCAGGCCCAGAUGCUGAAUGACGUGGCCCCCGUGGGACUGAUCAUGAACCUGUUGUCGGCCAGCGUGCUGGCUUGCCGCCUCCUGGGGGUGGUGCCGGAUCUCUCAGCCGGCCUCGUGCCCUGGCUGUGGACAGCAGGCGUCUUCCAGCUGGGUGUUUGCAUCCUAUCCUACCGCGCCAUGGACACUCUGGCUGCCACCUUCUACGGCUUUACAUCCAUACUAAGGUUCACCGAAGGGUACAACCUGCUGCUCAGACUCUACAACUAUGAGCCGUAUUCGCCGGUGCCCUUCCCUGCCGUCUUUGCCGUGCUCUUCUCGGUGCUGGCUGUGUUCAGCUUGCAGAAGAGCGUGGUGGACAGCCUGUACCAGCUCUUGUUCGCUGCCUACUGCAUCGCCAUUGCCGCCCAGCCACGUGGCUUCUCCCAGGGUGGCACGCAAGGGGUGCAGGCAGCCAUCUUUGUGGCGUCUGCUGUGAUGCUGCUGGUCACCUUGCACAACAUGGUUUCUUCGCGAAAGGUACCGACGGGGGUUGGCAUGCUGAAAGCCCUGCUGACACGCACCAGCUGGCUGGUUCUGCGAUCCAGCGACGAGGACCUGCACGCCCCUUACCUGGGCUUCUCCAGGUAUGCUGAUGCGGACAUUUUGGGCCAUGCCUGCAGCACCUUGGCGACUUUCGCCGUCACGGCUGCCGUGGGCACUGGAAGUCCCCUGGCCGUGCUGAUCCUGCCUUGGGCUGUGGUCCCGGGUGGUAUUCUUCAGUUGCUAUGUGGUGCAGUGGCUUUCGCCCGUGGGAAGACACUUGAAAGCACUGCCUUCAUCCUGUAUGGUAUGAUGUGGACAGUGUGGGGCCUGACGCGAUACGGCGGGCUCUACGGUAACACCCGAAGCUUCAACGUAGCAGUGGGAAUCAUCUGCUUCAUGAUUUUCAACAGCUUUGUGACUGUUGGGGCUCUUUUCCUCAACAAGGCCUGGGUCGUGAGUUCUCUUGUGUUCCAGCUCAUACUCAUCAGCUUCCUGUUGGACGCGGUGGGCGUGCUGCCCUACGGCUACGACAUCGGCGUCACCAUCAUCUUUGGGCUGGUGAGUUUUUACUGCUUCCUGGCUAGCCUCUUCAACAGCACCUUCCAGAAGCCACAGUUGCCACUUGGUGAUCCCUUUAUCAAGCUGCGUGGCUUUGGUGGGGGCAGAGAUAGCUGUCCCCAUGUACCUGCCCGGAAGGCCACAUCCGUCCAGCAGAUUGCAGAUAUCAUGAAGAACGGUGGCAUCUGCGGCAUGCCUACCGAUACUGUCUACGUGCUCGUGGCAGCUUGCAACCGGCCUGAUGCAGUAUUAAAAGCAUAUAAGACCAAGGUGCAAGCCGAGGACAGGCCCAUGUCUUUGUGGAUCUCCAGUAUAAAGCAGCUAACACCAGCCAAACAUCUGAUCAGGCCAGUGCUCUGGGACUUCAUGGAGGCUGCCUGGCCUUCCUCUAUUAGUAUGGUCAUCCCUAGAGGUCCCUGGAUGGAUCAUUUUGGUUUGGGAGAUUCGGCAAAAUACAUUGGCACCCCACAAAGCAUAGCUCUCCGAAACCCUGACUGCACUGUGGCCACACACCUCAUGGACUUGGUGGGACCCAUUGCUGUAACAUCAGCCAACCCUACAGGAGAAGCUGACACAACACAUCACAACCAGGUUUACGCCAAGCUAGGGCACAAGGUUGAUGGAGUGCUCUGUGAUGGUCCUUCCCCAGAGAACAUUGCUUCCACGGUUGUAGACUGCACCAAGAUCGAGAGCGGACAAAUAGGUUUCUUCAGAGUGGGCGUUAUCCCCAAGUCAAAGGUGCUGCAGAUCUUUGAGGAGGUUCAGAGGAAGCACAAACUGGGUCAGGUCAACCCCAUCUUUGAAGCCGACGCCAUCGAACCAAGAGAGGAGGAGAAGGAUGCGGCAGAGAUGGCUCAGGAUAAAGAAGCAGCCACACUAACAAACCAAUGAAGCCAACCGCCAGACUGAGCUGAUCUCCAUCAAUGAGGAGGAAGAGUCCUUAAUAGCUCUGGCGCAUAACAGCCAAAGUUGUCAAAAGCACUUUGAUUACAGGAAAGUUCAUGCUCAGCUGCAGAUAUUGGAUAUUUGGAAUUACUCUGUAUAUUCUAGUAGCCAGUUUCUUGUUUGUGCUGUAAUCAGUUUUGGAAUACAUGAUAUACUUUAGAUAGUUCACACCAAAUGUAUAUAUUAUUGUAUGAUGCCUUACAGUAUUUAUAGGUGUAAAAUAUUUAUUAUACAAUGAAUUUGUAGUUAUACUUUGCACCGAAGGUCGACAUAGAAUUUUCAUUUUCUUACAUUUUAUGGAAUACCGUAAGCCUGCAAUACACUAGACCACAGACAGGUGUCACUGCUAGUGGAGCAUUUAAAUGUUGCAUAUUUAUGGGUAAAAAUAACCCUUUACAGAAUAAGAUGUUGUAUGGUAGAUGGAUGGAUGGAUGGAUGGAUGGAUGGAUGGAUGGAAGAAAAGAUGUUUUGCUGCCUUCCAUCUUCAGUAUGUUAUCUGUUUUUGCUGACAUUUGCUGUAGUUGUGGGGGGCCAUGCAGCAUCGUACAGUACCAUUGGCCUGACAAAAUACUACUUAUCAAUGUACACAUGGUAAACAUUCCAAAUGUGGAACAGCUCAGCAUUAACCAGACCCAGUGGUGAACAGUGAUUUUUAACACUUCCAGUAAUUUACCACUUAGAUGGUACUCAUGUGAGAGCAAUGCAGAGGUAUGUGAUACUAUAGUACAGACAGUAUAAUGAUUGUACAGAAGCCUUGAUUAGAGGGUGAGGUCUAUUGAUGCAGGUACUGUACCUUAAGGGUUCAAGUCUCCAAAUAAGUUGCCCUCAAUGGAGAAUCAAAAUAAUCAUAUUUUUUGUGGAAUUUCAAGGAGACCAAAAAAGCUACAGUAUGACUAGUAAUGCUUUUUGGUAACCUCUUGUGGGGAUGAAUUUAACACACUCUAAGGUACUCCAAUAAUUAAAGUUCUGAAUGGCUUUGGAAAA